AUGCCCGAAAAAGUCUACAAGAAGUUUGGGGAGGAAGCGACAUCUGCCGAGUCGCAAAAGCCAGAUAUAAAGGUGGAGGAGAAACAGCGACCCUCUGAGAAAAGUUCUGGAUUAAAUGGCACUGCUUUAGCCAAUGGCCUGAAGCGCUCACAAGAUGGAAACCCUAAACAGUCCAGGACCAGCUCACCCCAGAAUUCAACUUCGCAGAUCAAUAAGCCAGAGAAACGAAAGGAACACGCGGAUCACGAUGACAAUGGGAGGGCAAGAAAAUCACCUAAGCUGAAUGGCGUGGAAAACAAGCGGAUGCAGGAACAGACUGGGUCACGGCCUCAAUUCGAGAACAAAUCGAACAGCCAUGUCGGAGAUAGACCUCAAUACCAAGGGCCUUCACGAAAGGAUCUGGAAAGAAAUGCGGCUGUACUCGAUAAAACGCGGAGAAAGCUUCCAGUGUGGCUAAAGAAGAUGGACAUUCGAUGGGGGUUAAGACACCACGAUAUCUUGCUUCUCAAUGGAGAAACGGGUUCCGGAAAGAGUACCCAGGUUCCGCAAUUUCUUUAUACAGAGCCUUGGUGUGUAAGACAACCAGUCGUGAUUGAAAAAGAGGAUGGCAGAAAAGAGGAGGCUAAAGUUGGAGGAAUGAUCGCAAUUACACAACCUCGAAGAAUUGCUGCAAUCACCUUGGCACAACGUGUGGCAGCGGAGAUGGGUCAGCCUUUGAAUAAAGCGUCGAUCAAGAAAGAGCCUGGCACCGUUGGCUACUCGGUUCGUUUUGACAGCAUGGUUCCAAAAGAUGCAAAGAUCAAAUUCGUGACGGAGGGUAUAUUGCUACAAGAAAUGCUAUCGGAUCCGCAUUUGACGCGGUAUAGCGCUGUUAUAGUUGAUGAGGUUCAUGAAAGAAGUAUGGAUGUUGAUCUCAUUCUUGGGUUCCUGAGGAAUAUAGUUCAUGGAGACUUAAAAGGACGCGGUGGAGUUCCUUUGAAAGUCAUAAUCAUGAGUGCUACGCUUGACAAAGGGGGCAUCGAAGCAUUUUUUGCAAAACCGGGAACUCAGCCUGGUUACGUUUUAGGCCACAGCUACGGAAAAGUGCUCGCAACAGAUCUGCCAGAAGAUGCCGUAAAGGAAAAUACAGAGGAAAAGUUCAAUCCAAAGCCGCCUCAUAUGAAGAAACAAAUAGGAAAUGCCAAAAGAACAACCAACGGUAAGCCGGAAAAAAUGGACGAUUCGCGUCGUUCAUCACUUGACUCGGAGUACUCAUCCUGGAGUGGUUUCAGCGAGACCGCUGAGGAUACCUCUAAAAUCACCAAUGAAGACAAAAUUUCAAAUGUUGCGAAACACACUAUGACGAACGGUGUUGACACAAAAGCAGAUGUGGGAACUCCUUUGGAUCAAGCUGGCAUUUCGCGGGGGGUCGUUUCACCAAACGGAGUAGCCUACGAGUAUAUCAGAGGUCGUCAACACGAGGUCCAGACGCUGUGCGAAGUGCAGCCUGUGCAAGACUAUCAGCAUGCAAUGCUCCAAACCAUUUUGCAAUUGCACACCUCUGAGCCACUGCCGGGAGAUGUUCUCGCAUUCCUGACCGGUCAAGACGAAAUUGAAUCGUUACAGGUCGAGCUGGAGAAGUACUCAGCGAUGCUUACAGCAAAUGUGCCAAAAAUGGAAGUCAAGCCUUUGCACGGAUCUCUGUCUCCAGAAGCUCAGCAAGAUGCUUUCGUCAAAGUUCAAAAGAAGUUUACGCGGAAAGUAGUUCUUGCUACCAAUAUUGCGGAGACCUCGUUAACAGUCGCUGGUGUUCGUUAUGUUGUUGAUUGCGGUAAAGCUAAAGUCAAGCAAUACCGCCCACAUCUGGGCAUGGAAUCUUUACUCAUAAAACCAAUAUCCAAAGUUUCCGCUAUCCAAAGAGCUGGUCGUGCCGGUCGUGAGGCUAAGGGGAAAUGUAUAAGAAUUUACACAAAUGCAGAGUAUCUAAAAAUGGAUCAGGAUGAACUACCAGAGAUUAUGCGAUGCAAUGUAAUAGAGGCAGUUCUCAAGAUGAAGGCUCGCGGUGUUGAGGAUGUCCUUACAUUCCCACUAAUGGACUCACCUGAUGUCAUGUAUAUGGAAAAGGCAUUGAAUCAUCUCUAUGCUAUGGACGCACUCGACGAGAACGGUUCACUCACCAAAGUGGGGAAACAGAUGGCUAAAUUUCCUUUACCAGCAACACACGGCCGCGUUCUUAUUGCAGCGGCCGACUCUUCAGCCGACUGUCUCUUGGAAGUCAUCGACAUCCUCGCCUGUCUCAACACCGACAACGAAAUUUUCCUCCAACCCAAAUCCGAAGAACAAAACGAAACUAUGAACGAGAACAGGAGCGAUAUAUAUCGACGGGAAGGUGAUCUCAUAACUCUACUCACGACAAUGCAGCGCUACGCUGCGGAAAACACAAAUCGAAAUGAUUGGUGUCAGAAGCAUCUCGUCUCUGUCCGCGCCAUGAAGCUGGCCUGCACGAUCCGCAAACAACUUCGUCAGAUAUGCUUGAAUGAGAAACUCUUGUCAGAACAGCCGCCAGCUGAUCCCCAGCCUUUCGAGCCGAUAACUCCGGAUAAAGCAUCGGUUGUGAUGAAGACGUUCCUCAAAGCCUUCAUCAAAGAGACUGCGAUUUUGGGUCCUGAUGGCAGUUAUAAGACGACGGCUGGGAAGGAGUCGAUUCAUAUCCAUCCUUCGAGUGUGUUGUAUGGGAAGAAGUUGGAGGCGAUUAUGUUUUUGCAACAUGUGUUUACGACUAAGAAUUAUGCGAAGAAGGUUAGUGCUAUUCAGGCGGAUUGGAUUGCGGAGCAGUAUGGUUUGUAA